AUUGUGAUAGUUUAAUUCUAAAUCUUGUCUGAUAAAUAUUUAUUUCGAAAGAUCCCAUCAAAAUACCUUUUCCAUGUACCCUCAAUAUAUGGAAUAAGAAAGAUCUCUGGCUGGCCAGAGAUUGCCAGUACAGUGCCGUAAAUAGGCUAAUAAGCGCCCGAUAUGAGAUUCUACAACUGCGCCCUUGGAUUCUUCUGUAAUUUUGUUCCUGGCUCUUAUCACUCCCAGCCGGAAGAGAUGCUUAAUGCCGGACACUCAACCCAACAAUAAGCCGGGGCCGGCAGAAUCGACUAACGAGUCACAAGUAGCGUUAGAAUAUCACCUCCAGAGGCAGCUGGAGGAUGAUAUUGCGAGAAUCUUUGAUGAAUCUAUUUACUCUGAUCUUGAAGUGGUGUGUGGGAAAUUAAAGAUACUAACUCAUUCUUGCAUUUUAAAAGCACGCACUGAUCAAUUUUAUCACCAACUACAUACUUUUUUGCAUGUGAACAUUGAGCGCAAUACUUUCGAUGAAAUAUAUUCUUUCAUAAGCGAUGUUUAUACUGAAUGUAACAUACAACAUGAAGAAAAAGAAAUAAUAAAGUUUCUACAACGAAAUUUGAAUGCACUAAAACCCGUUUCAGUCAAGUCCAGUAAAACAAAAGAAGAAAGCGAGGAACCCGAAGUUUUCUCAACUCCCAAGUGUAUUACCCCAUACGUAGAUAGUGACACCCACAAAGUUAUACAAUCUAGUCCCAGCACGGAAUUAACAAAAGAAUAUUAUGCCCUAGUUCCAAUAGAAGGCAAUUUAUUUGAGAAGGAGCUUAUUGAGCAAGACGAGCUCUCUAAUGCCUUUCACUCUAUAAUAAAAGGCCAAACAGUAGAUAAAAAUAAAACAAAAUUACAACUCAACAAACCUACUUCGCUACGCUUAAAUUCUAGUCAUACUUCCAAAACAGUUAAGCAUUUCAGUAGCUAUAACGUUAUAAAUAAUAUUGGUCUAAAAGAUAAAACCUCUCCAAAACCUGAACACAGCCUAAGUACAGCGGCUGAUAAAGAUUUUAAAACUAAUCAGGUGUUGCCGCCAAGUGAUACAGCAGGACGUAACACUAAUACUAAAAACAAAUCUAAUUCAUUGGAUGCUGCCUAUUCACCGGAUAGUUUAAUCACGGAUGAGCCCAGUUCUUCUUCUGAUUGUUUGUCUGCAGCGGACACUUUUUCUCCAGACGUUAAUACGUCUGGUUUUCAACACCAAGUAAAUGUUGAAGAAAUUAAUUCCAAGAUGGAAAACGUGUAUACUUGGUCAGAUUCGGGACUGGAGGACCCUGCAAUGUUGGGUAGCGUCAAUAGUCAAAAGGACGUUACUUUAACAAACGUGUCUUUAUCAGAGAGCACAGUUCAUGACUUAGUUGCUGACGAUGCAAGCAUCUCGGCAAUAUCUGUUCCUAGCUCGAUACCAGAAAAUCAUCUACAAAAAUCGAAGCAGAGCGGCUCUUUAGACCAAGAUUGUAAUGGCCAAAGUAGUAUUCCAGAACUCUGUGGAAAGUCAUUAAAGGAAGAAAAACAAAGGCAAAACGAAGAGAUUGUCAUACUAGAAUCGUCUUCACUAUCUUCUGAAACAGGUUCCUGGGAGUCUGUGUACCCACCUAAAUUAGUCCAAAAGGAAAUUUGCGAAAGGUUUUUACUCAAUGAACGCCAGAAUUAUUUCAACUCUUCUGGUUUAGUCCAAAAAUCACCAUUCAAAUCUACAACCUGUUUUAUAGAUGCUUCUAGCUUAGUAGAUGAAGACGAGUGUCUUGAAUUAGAAACUACCACCAACGCAUCUUCCACAAACAUUAAGUUGGAAAUUUUACCUACACCAAGUAAGCCGGUUCCCUGCUCGACUAUUAAACCGGACAGCAGUCCAGUUGAUUGGUCAGAAAGUAAUGACAAUGAUGAUUCAUUAGAACAGGGUGAAAAAAAGGAUCCAGAUUCAAUAAUAAAAGACUUAUCUCCUACUAUUUUUGAAAUGACUCCAAUUACAGAAGACUCUCUGUGCACAAAUGCUUUUGAAAAUGCAGCUCAAUCUGAUGUAGGUGCAGAUGUGGAAGAUAAUACUAAAUAUUUAUCAGAUAAAGAGAAAUUGCAUAGUGCAGUCUACAUGCCAUGUUAUUCUACAUCCACACCAAACAACUCAAUAUUGUCAGUAAAGAUAUUUAAACCUUACGAGUCAGAAGAUAGUGAAAGUAACACCAUCAUCGAUUCAGACAGUUCUUCUAUGAAUGUCAGGAAAGGUAGCCGUUCUCCUCCAAUUCUUUCCGGAGGCGUGUCAGUAGAAGAUCAUUUACCUCAGGUAGGAAGUAGUCAUGAAGCUAAUCCAUCACUAAAAUCUAAGCAGAAUGAAAUAUGUACCGUAACAGGAAAACAAAGUUCUUCUUCGGCUUGGGUAGUAGACAUGUCUAGUAAUCCGGAAGCGGACGACACUCUGAAAGGUAAAUCAUCCGAUGAAUCAGCAAAUGAAAAAAAGAAUAUAUUUUCUAUGUACAUAGAUCUAGGUGACAAUUCGAUCUUGAGAGAUAUGCCUUCUAGACUUUCCGCGUCCAUGAAAAAGAGUACUGCUAAUGUCGAAAAUAAGUUGACUCCGCAAAAACUUAAAUCUACAGAAAGAAGCCCGAGAGAUAAAGAUAGUACAUUUGAGAAAUAUGAAGCUUUGUGCGAAGAUCCAAACAUCAGCAUUUCCGAAAUAAUAGCCAUCCCCGCAAAAAAUAAAAACGUAAAGAACGGUGAAGAUUCUUGUACAGAACAGGAGCGAAAAGUAAACCAGCCACAAGCACAGGAAGAAGCCGAAAAAAUAUCCUCCCCCAAAGAACUUUCAGCAACUUCCCAAGACAGUAGCUUUGUAAAACUCUCAGACUUGGAUAAACCGACACAAAAAACUGAUAUGUUGGUUUCUAUUGAAAGUAAAGGAGUCGAUGUACGGAUGACAAGAUCCAUUCCUGACUGGGGUGAACAAGGUUUUUCUACGAACUCAAGAUCAAUAGAAGUUAUUACUUCUUUUCAUUCCGAGAAUGCGCUCAGCUUGAACAGACUAUUUCCUCACCUAAAAAAUGAAUUUAGUAGAAGCAUGCCAGGUUCUCUAUCGAGCAGGACGCGGUCACCAUUAAGACUAGGGACAUCCAGUACUCUUGGUGAUGGUGAUGAGCAUGGGUCCGACAUGUCGGAAAUAAGUAGUAUGCAGAGCAGCAACUGUCGCUCAGGAUUUGGGAACAGUACUACAGACAGUCAGACAUCAAAUUUAAUAGAAAAUUGUACUUCGCGUCUUGGUCAAGACUUACUAAGAAUGUUUCUCGAAGAAAUCGCACCCGAUGUAAUCGUGGAAGUGUCAGGAAAAAGAUUCAAGGCACAUAAAUGCAUUUUGUCAUCUAGGUGCCAAUACUUUGCUGGUAUAUUGAGUGGGGGCUGGGUGGAAAGCCUGGGCAACGUGAUCGUGCUCCCACCGUUUUCUUACAAUGUGGUAUAUUUCGCAUUGUGCCACAUAUAUUCUGGUCUAGCAACAAUUCCGGAUUCGGUAAGCAUCGUCGAAUUGGCAACUAUCGCCGAUAUGUUGGGCUUAGAGGGACUCAAGGAGGCCAUAAUGUUUACGUUAAAGGCUAAAUAUUGCCAUCAUUUUCAUAAGCCGUGUGCUGUUUGCAUAGUUGGUGUGUUGGAAUGCUUCCCAUUGUCGGCUGUUUAUGGUUUAGAUGAUUUAUAUCACAAAUGUGUCAAAUGGAUAACGAAACACUUUACAAAAGUUUGGCCAACAAAAGCGUUCGCGACGCUACCUACUGACCUCUUAGAUAAGUGCUUCCAGCAUCACACCGUCAACCUAACCGUGGACAAUGUGGUGGACACUGUGUACGGCUGCGGCAUCACUACUGCAUCUUUACAAAACUCCAAAUGGGCCGAGUCCGUAGCAAGGAUGUGCCGAAGGCUCAUAAGCGUAGCAGCUCACUUCGCGGGCCCAAGGCUUCUCGCUGUUUACCAAGCUAUCCCUCCAUUACCAAAUGAGGCGCCACAGGCCGCCAAGCAAGCUCUUGACGAUUUUCUCGCAGCUGCUAUCGAAUGGGCACCUCCGGACGAAGUAUGUCGUGCGUAUGGUUUUCUUUCUGCGCUCCUCAAAGAGAUGCGCAAUAGUCAGUACUCGAAACCUGAUUUGAUUAGUAACGGCACGGAAAACCGGAAAUGUUUUGGCCAAAAUACCUUGGUGUACUCACAAGCCGGCAACUGGCGUAUGCAGUGUGAGGGUGCACUGGUGCGAGCGUCGCCCAGAGUUGUCACUACACAGGCAUUUAAGGAGUUGCCAUCGGAAUUACGUAAAAGGCUGCGAGAGCUCGGUUGCAUUAAAUACGGAGCGCAUGCUUUACCAAUAUCCUCUCCUACACAUCAGCCAGAGAGAAAAAUUAAAACAACGACUGUUGUGAAGAACAAGUCAUUCACAUCAUCUCCUCGUAAUAUUGACAUUGCCCACGUGCGUGCCCUCUUUGUGCCUUACUCGCCUAAACCGAUGUACCCGGUCGGGUCUGUGGAUACUCUUAAGAGUAACAACGACAUUCGUGAUAGCAAGAAGUCGAUUGUCUCCACUAAUCCACCAAAGGUGAGGACGACGAAGGCACAGGAGGAGCGCGCCAAAUAUAAUAAAAUAAAGAACACUAAAUCACAAGACAAAUUAAAUACUAAAGCUAGCUCAGCGCGGGCUCCAUCCUUCGAGAGAACUAAACCAAGAUAUUUAGACAUUAAACAGAAAGAUAAGAAAACUUCGGUUGUGAACAAACACUUGCCAAAAAUUGAGUCAUCAAGUGAAUCGUCUCGUAACUCAAGCCCUAUACAUUUAAGAAACUUGCGGUCGAGUCCCCAUAAGGGGCGGCGGGGAGAGAUGGUUCCGCAGACCAUGUCGCAGGACAGCCUGGCUACCAGCUCACGGCCACGCACCGCGGAGCCGUCCACGGACUCUCUCAGCGAAUCACAAACCAGCAACAGAUAUGCCACCUACACGAAGACAAAGCACACCAAAGGCGCACCAAAGCCCGACUCAAGUAAAGUAUUAAAAAGUGUGGAACCAACUGCUUCUGCUACAUCUAAUAAAAUUAAAACGAAGAUACCGGUAUAUUUGAACCACUCAGCAAAAUCCAAGGGACUAGAGAAUCGGUUCUCCAGAGAUCAACCAAAGUUCAAUAAGCAGGUUCCCACUACUAGGAGUAACAACGUGGCUCCCACUAGAACCCAAGAGCGUAAAGUGCCUGGUUCUUUGAUGAACGCCACAAAGUCAAGCUCCGCGAAGGUUGUGCCCAAGGUUGUAAAAGAGAGAGAGCUACCGAAAAAUAUGUCCAGAAGCCAGAGGUGUGGGCAGACGAGUCGGCACCAGCAGCAACAUGAGGAGAGGGAACCUCCCGUCAGGGACAUUCCAGUCAUGGAGCGCUCGGGCACAUUCUUAAAGGAUGAACCCACUUUCGGAGACAAACUAACUAAUUUAGAUAUAUCUCAAUGAGCAUACAUCGUAGUUAAUUAGCUGCCAGCUGAUUAGAGAAAUCUACUUCAUAAAACUUCCAAAACUACGUUCUAUUCAUAAAUAAUUCAGCAAGCUCACUCCACGAAUGCUUUAUCAACUUAUAUCAAACACGAAUAAGUAGACAAAAUAUUCUGUAGCGACAAUAGGUUUGCAACUUUUUAUGAAUAAGACAGUUUGUAGUGGUUUUUAUUUCAAACUCCAGCUUCUUCUUACACUUUUCGUUGAGCUUUAAAUGUAUUAUCUUUGUGGGUGCAACUGAGGUAUAAUGUACAUACAUUCUCAAACUGGACUUGACGGAGUAUCCACAUUUUUUAUCUGAUAUUGGGUAGCAUUUCGGAAAUUAAAAAAAACACAAACUUGAUUCGCAUUGCAUAUAAAUAAAUGGAUACAUGAUAUGGAGGCUGGCAUUGCACCAAAUAUAACUACUACUACAUACUACCUACUUAAAAAUGUGGAGAUGUUUAUGUAAUACAUCACAAAAGAUAAUUUGAUGUUCAGUCAAUUUUCCCAAUAAGUACUGUAGAGAUUAAUUAUAUUACUGAUGUCUGAGAGUCAACUGGGAGACGAGUCGGUACAUCAGCAACAGAACCGAUCUCCUUAUUUAAACAUUGAAAAAGAGCUGCCAAGUUCAAAACUGAAAAUAAGCGAAAUUGUCAGUCUUCGUCAUGCGUCCACUCGGCUUAUUCAAUAGAGUAAGAUCCCAGUGUCGUAAUACACAACUUAUUUUCUAAAGCAUGUAACAGUCGGUUCUCAGUGGUCUCUUGUGUACUUUUUAAUACCUGAAUGUUUGUGAAACUUGCCUGGUGACACCUGCGCAUGUACCAGAUGAGAAAGUUAACCAAAUUCCAGUUACUAAACUACUACAUUAUUAUGACUGAUUUUUACAUAAUAUGUUUUGUAGAAUAUUAGUUUGAACCCAUAUAAAAAAUUCGGACGCUCGCCGUGGGCCAAAGGUUAUACACAUUAAAGCUCUAAAAAAAUACAAAAUUCUAAUAGCAAAACGUAACGUUUUGGCUCAGUGCAAGGGUCUGACUUUUGACUGCUAAAACAUUUGUAAAAAUCAGUCAUAAAAAUGUAACUUAAGUAACUCUGAUUUGUCACCGGGCAAGUUCAACAAACAUUCAGAAUUUAAAAAGUAUACAAGAGGCUACUGAGAACCGACGGUUAUAUGCUUGAUAAAAUAAGUUGUGUCUUACGGCUCUAGGAUCCUUGAACUAUAAUAUAUUAUAGACAAAAUAGAACUAGGACCUCGUGCUGUAGGUAUUCAACCUUUUAAUGUAUUACGGUAAAGGUGUAUUAUUUUUAUUAGAAACAAAUGUACUGGAUUCCUUCGUCUACUCGUAUAUCUACUCUGUGAUAGUAUUCGCGCAAGGUGCUGCCUUACCUGCGCGAACACCACAAUCAGAACAUAAGAAAUAGAUUGCAUGCAAAAAUAAAUCUGUGUUUAGAUAGUAGUUGUAUAAAUAAUGAAUAAAAAUCAAAGUAUCUUUACAAAAAUGAAAUUUUAACAAUAAAAUAUCUCGAUGUUAAUAUUUUAGAACCAUACAUUCCAUAUUUUAAUUAGCGGUGAUAUUAUGUAAAUGUAGAGGCCUAUAAAUAUUUUUCGCCCAAUUUGAAUGCGAUGUUGAGACGAUCAUACGAUGAUCAUAAUGUACGAUUUCUAGUCUGCUUCUAAAAGUCUUUCAGUAAUUUGUAUUUUAUGUGGGAGUAUGUUUCGAUUCACAUUUGUAAGUUUAGUUAAGAAUAAUUUUAUGACGUUAUGGAAGUUCGUGUAACUCUCAUGUACAUGGACUUCUAAAACGGGGAGAUUGAACGGACAUAUUGUGCGGUAGCAAAGUUGCGGGUACAACUGGUAAGUCAUUUAAUGAUGGCACGAUAUUUAAUACUAAACAUGUGUUUUCUUUCAUCUCUUUAACCUCUUGUUCCAAGUCACUUGGAAAGUUGAGAUUCAUUACAAUUUUAAUUAAUUUUGUAUUUUCUUCACACAAAUUUCUUUCAUCGAUUGUCGUACCUUCGUCUCCACGUUGUAAGUAAUAAAAUUAAAUGAUAUAAUCACUGCUUUGCUACCUAUUUCGUAUAAACGAUCUGAUGCCUAGCUGGUUCUAGAAUAACAUAAAGAAAGUAGCGAUUACUAACAUUUAAAUUUCGUUGCCAUUUAAAUUAUUAAUUUAUUAUAUAGAUGUAAGUUUUAUUACGUAUUACUACAUUUAUAGCAUGUAACAAUUUUAAUUUUGGGCUAGGUAAUUGUAUAUUAUGCAUGUAAAAUAUUUUUCAAAUUUCCAUGUAGUACUUACUUGACGUGUUUCGUACUUAUGUCGUAUCCGUAUGACGUACCUAAGUCACUAUUAAAUUUUCAACGUGUCCAGCCUAGCUAAGGAAAAGUAUUUUUUUAAAACGUAUUAUAAAUCGUGUCACUUAUUGUUCGUUUAUUUUAAAAUACUCUAAUAUUGUGUUAACGAGCCUUCGUAGAUGAGAGACAUCUAUUUAUUAAAUUUUGAAAGUGACAAAAUAGUCUGGUCGUUGUUUGACCUUUUUAUAACUUAUUUAAUAUUUUAUGACAGUAACUAUAUUGACCGUACCUUGGUUUUAAUGUUUUUGAUUAGUAAAUGAAAUAGUGGACUCUGGGACGUUUUCUUACUCAAAAUGUACUUUUAACUUAUAAUACGGAUAAGUUAAUUCAUUACUACUACCUUCUUGUGUAUGUUUAAUUUUUAAUGAAUUCUUGACUUACUAUUUUAAUUAAUAUGAAUUUAAAUGAUUAUUAUAUUUUUUUAUAAUUGUGAUAAGUUAUUGUUGUGGUCAUUUCACUUGUUUUUAUGAUAAGUUAUGAUUGCAGUGGUCUCGUUUAAGAUAGAAUAUUACAUAUUUUGUAUUGUUAUAUAUAAUAAUAUAUAUAUAACAAGUGAAUAGCAAUUUAGUUUAUAUUUUAGAUUCAGUAUGAAAUGUGUGUAAUUUUUUGACGUAAACAAUUACGCAGUUUGAGUUACCGACGCUUUCCUUAAGUAGACAUUUGUUGAUAUGACAUGACAUAAAAUAUUCUUAUAAUAAUGACUACUUUUGCAGUUUUACUAUGUGAACGUCUUUCGACCUAUGUACUUUAUUAUAAUAAAAAAAGGAGACGGGACCACUAUAUAUGGAUGGACGCAUGCAAGGAAAGGAUGUGGUUAAUGACAAGUAAUCUGACUAACGUAUUAUUUAACUAGUAAGCUAUACAUAACAUUAAUUAAUUUGUUUCACUCUCAAAAUGAUCUCAAUGAUGCACAGUAUUCAAUAUUAAUUUUGUUGGUUUCCAUCAGCCGGUUUAUUUUUAAGAAAUAUUGUAUCGUAUUUAAUAUUUAAGAUUCUAUAUUCUUACUUAAGGCCUAAUUCAGUGUCCAGAUAUUGUUUCAUUGUUAUAAUUUAUUGUAAAUAUUUUUGAUCUAGUUUUUGUUUUUAUAGAGUAAUAUUUCUAUCACAAAGUGCACCGUUUGUAUAAAUUCUAAGUCUGUAAACUUUUAUAUUUUAAUCAGCAAAUAUAUAUAUUUAUUACUGUAACAGUUGGUAAAACAAUAACUUAUUUUAAAAAAAUACGUUAAUAAACUUGUGCAAUACCAAUA